UCCUUCCAUAAAAGCAUGAACCAUGACAAAGCACUGACUUGGAAAAUACCAUUGAAUUUCACCAAGAUGGCUACGAAAUGGACUUCAACCCUUCUGCUGCUACAGCUGACUUGUUGCUUCAGCUUUGGGAGCUGUGGGAAGGUGCUGGUGUGGCCGACAGAAUACAGCCAUUGGAUUAAUAUGAAGAUAAUCCUGGAUGAACUUACCCUGAGAGGUCAUGAGGUGACGGUUCUGACAUCUUCAGCUUCCAUUCUGGUCAAUCCCAAUGAAAAAUCCACUAUUAAAUUUGAAGUUUAUCCUACAGCUACAACUAAAGAUAAUUUUGAGAAUAUUUUCAUGCAAAUAAUAAACAAAUGGAUAUAUGACGUUCCAAGAGAUACACUCUUCGAAUAUUUUUCACAGAUGCAAGAAAUGAUUUCACAUUAUUUAGACCAUCUUCAAAAGUUAUGUACAGAAGUAGUUUAUAAUAGGAAACUUAGGACAAAACUAAUGGAUUCAAGAUUUGAUGUCGUUCUUGCAGAUCCUGUUAGUCCCUGUGGGGAGCUGCUGGCUGAAUUUCUUAAUGUAUCCUUGGUGUACAGUCUUCGCUUCUCCCAUGGAUACACAUGGGAAAAGUACACUGCAGCUGUUCCGUUCCCUCCCUCCUAUGUACCUAUCAUAAUGUCGGAAUUAACAGAUAAAAUGACAUUUAUGGAGAGGGUCAAAAAUAUGAUAUAUGUGCUUUAUUUUGACUUUUGGUUCAAAUCAUUUGAUAAAAAGAAGUGGGACCAGUUUUACAGUGAAGUACUAGGAAGGCCCACUACAUUAUUCGAGACCAUGAGGAAAGCUGACAUAUGGCUUAUUCGAACCUACUGGGAUCUUGAAUUUCCUCGUCCACUCUUACCCAAUUACGAUUUGGUUGGAGGGCUCCACUGCAAACCUGCCAAAGCCCUGCCUAAGGAAAUGGAAGACUUUGUCCAGAGCUCUGGAGAAAAUGGAGUGGUGGUGUUUUCUCUGGGGUCAAUGGUCAAUAACAUUACAGAAGACAGGGCCAAUGCGAUUGCAUCAGCUCUUGCCCAGAUUCCCCAAAAGGUCAUAUGGAGAUUUAAUGGCAAGAAACCAGCAACUUUAGGAACCAACACUCAGCUAUACAAGUGGAUUCCCCAGAAUGACCUUCUUGGUCAUCCAAAAACCAAAGCUUUUAUCACUCAUGGUGGCACUAACGGCAUCUAUGAGGCCAUCUAUCAUGGGAUCCCCAUGGUGGGAAUUCCUUUGUUUGCAGAUCAACCUCAAAACAUUGUUCAUCUGAAGGCCAAGGGAGCAGCUGUUAGAGUGGACUUCAACACCAUGUCAAGUACAGAUUUGCUCAAUGCAAUGAAGACAGUCAUUAAUGACCCUUCAUACAAAGAGAAUGCAAUGAAGUUGUCAAGAAUUCAACAUGACCAGCCAGUAAAGCCCCUGGAUCGGGCAGUCUUCUGGAUCGAGUUUGUCAUGCGCCACAAAGGGGCCAAGCACCUGCGGCCGGCUGCCCACGACCUCACCUGGUUCCAGUACCACUCUCUGGAUGUGAUCGGGUUCCUGCUGGCCUGUGUGGCAUCUGUGAUAGUCAUCAUCUCCAAAUUUUGUCUGUUUUGUUGGCAGAAAUUUGCUAAAACACCCAACAAGAAGAAAAAGGAGUAGUAUAGCUAAGAAAUGAUGCUACUGUGCCUAUUAAUACGAUUUACAAAUACUCAAAAAUCUUUAACAUCCUUUUGCUGCAAACUCUUCCAGUUUUAACAUUUUCCAUAGUAACAAUCCAAAAAUGAGAAUUUUUACAACUCAUUCUUCUGUAUGUUUUUGGAUACUGGUAGUACUACUUGGCCAUUACUCUACAUCCAGUUUCAAGAUUGUUUUUUAUAAACAACAAUGUAUUUAGUUUCUUCAUACCCAGUCAUUUUUCAGUGGAACAUAUGUGGAAAUCCUACUAUAAUGACUUCUCAUUGCUUCAUAAUAUAAAUGUAAACUAUGCAGGGAAAUCUUUGGGUUUA